AUGCCGGAUCCUCCGGUUCUUCAAGACCCCGCAGAGGGCCAGCUCAGCCUGCCUCUGCUUGACUUUGGUCCUCUGCCUGAUGACCUCUUCGACGUCGCGGAUUUUGACCAAACCGAGAUCCCUGACUGGAUGGAGUUGUCUUGGACUGCAACACCUGUAAUGGGUACGGCUGGAACCACCAGAGGGCCACAUGCCACCUUGCCCUACGAAGCCCUACGUGUCCAAGAUACGCAUGGCUUCAGCCCUCGGGACCAUCGGGCAAACGCGACACCCACGAAUCUGCAUGUACCCAAGGAAAGGAAUGGCGGCUUGAACGAAGCAUUCACCGCCGAUGUGCAUGUACGCGAUUGGAUCUGCCAAGAUCUGGUGGAACGGCAUGUCCCAGAACACAAGCUCGAGGAGAUUCCCACUGAAAAACUCUGUCAGGGCUUCCUUUCAAGCUACAUGGACUGUUUCCAUGGCCACUUCCCUAUAAUUCACCGGCCAACUUUUACCUCUACAACAACUCCGAGUCCGCUGCUCCUCAUCAUGUGUAGUAUCGGUGCAUUGUAUCGCCUCGAUCGACGGAGAGCGAAAAGCUUGUACGAUAUCACUGUACGCUCCAUCGAACAGGUACGUUAUCCGCUGCGAAUAUCUGAAGGAUUGGCUAACCUCGGCGGUGACGACGAGCUGGUGUCUACUGCUAUGGCCGAGAACGGAUUUUAUACCUUGGUGUACGAAACGAUUCGCCAGUCUCUCAAAGAUCAAGCCGCGGACCACAGAACGCUCUCAUGGCCUGAAUGGAUCCAGCACGAGACCCGAAAAAGAACCUUGGGUGGAAUCUUUAUCGUCAGCACCCUCAAUAUGAUCAUCUACAAUGUCAACCCCGGCCUUCAUCCCGCCGAAGACCUGGACUUUGAGGCUUUUGACGAUGAAAGCCACUGGAAUGCCAGGACAGCAAGCGAGUGGCGUGAACUCCGAACCACCUGGCAUCAACCAGAAUAUCUGACCAUGCGGGAAAUGCUCAUGGACCUCGUUUCGGAUGAUUCUAGUCGUUUAAAGAACCGAUCUCGAGUUUCUCCAUUCUCGGCGUGGGUAAUCACACACGCCUUUGUAGUCUAUACGUGGCAUCUAUUUCAAGUGGCUCCGCCGACCUCGUCCGCGAUUUUAGGUGCCAACGUUGCGUCUUUACUACUUCACUCGGCAAUGCAGUCUCUCGCGAGAUACCAUGAGCUACUGGAAGAAAGUGCCGAUACGAAUCCAGAGGAAUUGACUCACACGGUCAAGCCUUCGUUGAUAUCGAGCUGUCGGUCAAUCCUCCCCCUUGCAUACAUCCGACUCUUCGGUUCCGCUAUCCACCUCAAUCGCCUGAGCUUGAUAUCUCGGGACUCAGGCUCGGUUGAAGCAUCUGUGGCGGUGUUUGCAUCGACGAAAAUGAUAAAGACGCCUUAUCUGCUCGAUGUUGUACGACGGCCGUUUGACGGUCUAAGAAGGACAGUCAAGAUAGGACAUUUGCUCAUGCGCAAAACGGCAGCAUUCCAUUGGAGUGUUGAGCAUGCCGUUGCGGCUUGGGACUGUGCUCUUUUUGUGACCAAAUGGGUACAUGCCGUAGAACUUGAUGCCUUGAGCGACACCCUUGCCAGUCCCGCCGAGGCCCAGCUUCUGGAAUCAAUGAAGCAAGUGCUUGAUGAGACAGAAUGCAGUUUCAGGGAAGGGUUGUCUCUAGCUGCUGCACUGGCAAGACUAUGGAGUUUGAGUCUCCAAGACGUUUGGGUAUGGGGUAUUACUCCCCGGAUGGGGACCAUCCUGUCAAGCCUGGCUACCACGUACCAGCGAAUCAAUGAUAUGAACCGUCACCGCAGCUUUGCGGAGGGUGGUUUAUCCCAUUAA